AUGAGAAACGGAGUGUAUGUUUCUUUCACGGGAGAAUCCGGCAACAGUUUGCGUCCGAGUCGUAGCAGAGCGUCGAGUACAACCAGAAUACGACCGAAGAUGGGUGACAGCUUAACCAAAGCUUCGAUUUCUCGAACAGUUACUGAGGAAGAAGAAGAUAACAUGAGAUAUGGAGAGAGAGAGGCGGUUAGGUCUGUUCUUCAGCAAGUUCUUAAUCAAAAGCAAACUUUUAGAAGCUUAAAGCAGGAUGUGCUGCCUUAUCUUGUUAAAAGUCAGAUGAGGUCUGAAAUAUUAUUAAAUGGAGCACAAGCUGAAGAAAAUGGGAAUGUGGAUAAUUAUAAUAUGGAUAAAGUAAUGUUGUCUCAGCUGCUGGCUAAUGCGUCUACACCGAGUUUUCAUGAAGUGUACGCUUUGGGUCCUAAUGGGUUUUCCCCGGCUGAGAGAAAAACCCAUAAAUGUUGUGUUUAUAUUGCCAACAAGACCAAAUAUUGUGCAAGACUAAAUUCCAUUCAAGCGUAUAGUGACAUUAACCGAGAUGUGAUAGGAGAUGCAAGUCACCUAUCUGGAUGUACAUUCUCUGUGCACAACAAUGUUAUUCAUCCAUCUGCUGUUCUUGGCUCCAAAACCACAAUAAGUUAUCUUCCUUCAAGACUCUGUAUUGGUCUAGAUGUUACGCCCAGUUUGCUAUCCUGGACUAAUUAA